GCCAACAAAAACUUCGUUAAACCCCAGCAGAGCGAGGGCGCGCGGCGGCGGAGCGGCGGGCGUAGGCGGCGGAGCUCGGCGUGAAUGUUGGGCUGCGCCACUAGCGGCGAGACUGCGGGGCGACGGCCGGCAGCUUGAGCGCAUGACUGAAUCAGCGGCCAAGCGGGGGACGCGCCGGCUCGGGCUGCGGUAAUUCCCCAAUCGCGCCUUGCUUCGGUGCCCGAGAUUGGGAGCCCCCCACGGGCCAGGCGCCGCAGGACCUCACCGGAGUGGGGGGGGGGGGCAUCAGCCAUUUCCCGCGGCGAUGGCGACGGAGCGACGAUGAGAGGUUGCCGUGCCGGCGGCGAGCUGCGACAGCAGGCUGUCUCCCUUCAAAUCCUCAACCUAUACACUGUUAAUAGAAGCUGCGCUAACUGGCUCGGGUAGAUUUCCCAAUAAAAGGAAAUUUUCAUGUAACUUGUCCUAUUAUUUCCUGGGUGGUCCUCACCGUUAACUUUUCAAGGAAGUUUGCUCCAUGAAGUACAAAAGUAGUGGACAUUCUUCCUUCUUCGGCUUAUGCUGUCAGUAUAAGGAGGGGAUUGGCGGCCCUCCUCUAUGCACCGAGCAGUGCUAAGUUUCAUGCGUCAAGCCCUUGUGAAAGAAGCUACCCUCCGGCAUUGCGACUUUACUCUGUGGCUUGUUGCUUGAAGAGCUUAGAUCAUCAAGAACCUGCUGGAAGCUUCUUUUGCAGCGAGUAUAAAAACCAGUGCCUUCCUCCCUUGAUCACACUAGCAGUUCGUACAUCAAACUGGAGCAAGGCCAGGAAAAUUACCUUCAGGGAGUGUGUGAAGUUAUAUGGGCUAUCCCGGUCAGUUGGGCUGUUUGCAUUGCUUAUGCAACCCUUCUUGCCGCGAAGAAUCAGAGAGAUCCGGUGCUUCAUGCGGAGCAUUGUUGAUUACUGUGGAAGUGCCGGCCCAGAGUUGUUUGAGUUGGCACCUAUGUUGGUCAGUAAUUUGGGUGGGUCAGUGACAUUACUACAAGUUCAUGCUACAGUCAUUCGGGUUUUUGUAGAGUUGUCAAUGUUUGAGGAUGCUCUUCUCACUUACAUUGAGGCCAAGAAGGUUGGAGUUGAGCUGCAGUUGUGCAACUUCCUGCUGAAGUGUUUAGUGGAGAGGAAUCAAAUCAUGUCUGCGAGGAGUUUGUUUGAUGACAUGAAUACUUCUGGUCCGUCACCAAAUGUGUACUCUUAUUCAGUUUUGAUGAGUGCUUAUACACAUGGAGAUAGGCUAUGCUUGGAGGAAGCUUUUGAGCUUCUAUGUGAAAUGGAAAUGAAAGGCGUGAAACCGAAUGCGGUAACCUAUGGCACUUACCUCUAUGGGCUUUGCCGUACCAGACAUGUGUCAUCUGCAUGGAACUUUCUUCAAAUGCUUUGUCAGAGAGGCUACCCUCGCAACAGUUAUUGUUACAAUGCUGUGAUUCAUGGUUUCUGUCAUGAGGAACAGGUUCAGAAAGCCAUGGAGGUGUUUGAUGGGAUGAAGAAGGGUGGGUUUAUCCCAGAUGCCCAUAGCUAUAGUAUAUUAGUUGAUGGGUUAUGUAAGCAAGGGGAUCUAUUGGCAGGCUAUGACGUGCUUGUCGAAAUGGUAAGAAAUGGGAUUGCUCCUACUCUGGUCAGUUAUACUUCACUUUUGCAUGGUCUUUGCAGAGCUGGAAAGGUUGAAUUGGCAUUUGACCUGUUUAGGAGGCUCAAAGAACAAGGUGUCAAGCAUGACCACAUAGUUUACAGCAUUUUUCUUGAUGGUUGUUGCCAACAUUUUGAUCUAGAGGUUGUGUAUGAUCUUUGGAAGAACAUGGUUCAUCAUAAUUUUAUUCCAGAUGCUUACAACUAUACUAGUCUGAUAUAUGCAUUCUGUAGACAUAGUUACCUCAAAGAAGCAUUGGGAGUAUUCGAACUCAUGUUUGAGAAGGGAAUAAGCCCGAACAUUGUGACAUGCACCAUUCUAGUUGACAGUUUCAGCAAAGAAGGGAUGAUCGAUGAAGCCCUCCUAUUCCUGGACAAAGUACGCCAGCUUGGAAUUGUUCCCAACCUUUGUAUGUACAGAGUUAUCAUAAAUGGUCUGUGCAAGGUCAACAAAUGCGAUGAUGUGUGGGCCUUUUUCGCAGACAUGAUAAAAAGAGGCUGCGUUCCAGAUACUUACAUUUAAUAUUAUUGAUGGCUGUGUGAAAGCACUGAAAUUUCAUGAGGCUUUCAGAUUGUUUCAUAAAAUGUUGGAUGAGGGUACAAAGCCUAAUAUAUUCACAUAUACUAGCCUAAUAAAUGGUCUUUGCCAUAAUGACAGACUUUCUGAAGCUGUGACAUUGUUUAAGCAUAUGAUUUGGGAAGGAUUGACACCAGACAGGAUUUUGUAUACAUCUCUUAUUGAUUGCUAUUGUAAGCGUUCAAACAUGAAGGCAGCUUUGGAAAUUUUUAGAGAGAUGGGGAAAGGGGGUUUAUCAGCAGAUGCUUUUGUCUAUACUUGUUUAAUUGGUGGGUUUAGUAAAGUGCUUGCGAUGGAUGGUGCGCGGUGGUUGAUGGAAGAAAUGAUAAAUAAGGGGCUUUCACCUACUGUAGUAACUUAUACAGAUAUCAUAGUUGGAUACUGCAAAACUGGAGAUGAGAAGAAAGCUCAUAUGAUGUAUAACAGUAUGCUCCAGGCAGGCAUUACACCGGAUGACAAGCUGAGUAGUAUAUUGGGAUUUGGCAAUGAUGGAGAUAGUUUUCAGGACUACCAGGAAGAGAAGGAUAUAUCAUAAGUUUUCAUAUUGAGCUCUAUGAACUUUGUGGAUAACUACUUUCAACAAUUCACUGGUGGUGGAAAGGGAGAGCAGUUGAAUAACUUGGUAUACAGUGAGCAGCUCUCAGCGCUUGUAGCGAGCUUGUACAAGUGAUACUAGAAUUGCGAUGUUUUUGUGUAUCAAAGUGGCCUAAAGACAUAAGCUCAUUCAGUCUAUCCACGUGUUCCUUCAGUUUUCUUAUUUGAUAGUCAACUGACAAGCAUUUUCGUUGAGCUGAAGGCAGAGAGCAGCCGUGAUUGAUGAGAUCUGGCAUACAGCAUGUCAUUACAGACCCAGGAUCAGAUCUAGACUGGUGUCCGUGUGUCAAGUGAACAGUGCUGUGCAGCAUCUAGGCAAUCUCAGAGAUGUAUAUGAUAACCUACAGUUCACCAGGGUUUCGUGUUACAUGGACUUCUGUGGAUGAACAUAUCAAAAACGAUCUUGAUCUUCAGAGUACCGCUCAAGAGGAAGAGGCUAUUAUACUUGUAGCAGAAAGCAUGAGAGAAGGCACUCGGCGUGCUCUGAAUAGAAUUGCGCAGUUGAGGCUGAGAAACUUGUUCAAUUUUUUGAACUAAAACCACGACAAGAAUUAUGGAACGUAGGGAGUACAUAACAAUUCAUGUCACAAGACACAAGUGAAUGCUGUCAGCUUUCCACAGUUGAACUAAGCCGCAUGAUUGGGGGAAUCAAAUUUGUAUUAACAGAUGUAAAUCUAAUAACAAGAGUGUUUGGUUGAUUGUUUCCAUUAAUUCUGUAAACAAUUGAGGGGUGGAAUCUUCCUUUCUAAAACUUUGAAUUUCAUGGGUACAUUUUAAUCAUUUUGUUUGUUACUCUUCAUGGCUACUAUUUAUUUCAAGAGCCAAAACAUCAUUAUUGCCACCUGUAUCUGACCAUUUGAAAAGAGAAUACUGUUCUUUUAUAUAGUGCAGCCUGGUACAUGAAUAUGACAUGCUAUUUCGCAAGAGAACGUGCACAUCAAUUACUGUUAGAUUUAGGUUUAACUUCAUUACCUAUCCUAAGCUAGUGCACCUAUAUGAAACUCUAGUGGAAGUGUUGGGUCAUUACCAUAGUUGAAAAGCAGAGUCCCAUGGUUGUGCGCCUCCCAGCAGCGAGGAGUUGGUCAACAGACAUGCAGGAUGCCUGCGGCACAACCUUGCGGUGGCCGGUGGUGGUGGAUGGUCUUCGCCUCUCUAAGCUAGGUAUAAUGUGUUUCUUUUGCACCGUGCCGAUGUACUCCUAUGUCAGUAUAAUAGGACUUAUGUUUCUUUUGGGCCUAUGUCCCGGUGAAUCUCCAUACAAGUAAUGCAUGAGUCAUCACCAAGAUCACUUGUGUCAUAAUUGGGAGAUAGGAAAACUCUUGGUUGGUCAAGGGAAUUUGAUGGUGAAUUUACUCCUACCCCCCUCCUAGAAUUAAGGUACCAUUGUCUGAAUGCUCAUCUUAGUUCAUAUUUGAAUUAUUUAGACAACAUGAUUUAUGUUACCUUUCUUUCAUGACAAAACCUUCUAGUUUAGCCACGUAAAACAUUCUUAAUGAAGUCAAAAUUAAAACAUGCCAUGAUGAUAACACAAACAUCAUCAAUUGCUUAGUCGAUACAAGAGAAGAGAUGUCAUUACGAUCAAUAUAUUCUUUCUUUAUUACACGCCUCGCUACAAGUAUUCGUUUGAACCUUUUGAGAUUUUCCUCAUGAGUCAUGUUUGAUUUUCCAAAGCCAUUUGCACCCUACCAUUUUAACUCGUUUAGAAAACUCUAUUAAGUUCCAUACAUCAGUAGAGCCCAUAGUCUUCAUUCUACAUGACAAAAGACCACUAACAUUUAAUGCAGAGGCUCAACACUAGGUGUUGUAUUGGGAUUUCAUAGUCCUCGUUCCACAUGAUGAAUAUGAAAAAAGAUUUCAUGGACAUUCAGUACGUAAGAUCGCUUCUCCUCAACAUUUGUGUUCCUAGGCUCCGGCUCCCAUGAGCACAUUAUUUUUGUAGAACAUAUAUCAUGCUCCAGAGUGUAAUGUCUUAACAAGUACAUAUUUUUAUUCUAAUCCGCAUUACUAUUGGAUAGAAAAUGGAGAAGAACUUAACAAAGCAUGGCACAUGAUUAUAACAUCAUUGAUCAGAAUUAUAAUCAUAAGCCACAUGGUACAUUAGUGCCAUGAUUGACAUAGAUUUGCAAAGUUGCCACUUUAGAACUAAUGUGUGCUUCAGAUGUCAUAAGGGAGCAAGUAUACAUAGUCAUUGGUUAAAACCAGAUCAGUCUCGGAAUCCCGGUUACCAGACAUUUCGACAAUGGUAAAACAAGAUCAGCAAAGCCACCCGGAUUUGCCGACAAAUCCCGAUAGGAGCUGCACAUUUCUCGUUCUCAGGGCACACCG